CGCCGCCGCCGCCGCCCGCGGUGCCCGGGGCCGGCAUGGAGCUCUUCCAAGCCAAGGACCACUACAUCCUGCAGCAGGGCGAGCGCGCGCUGUGGUGCAGCCGCCGGGACGGCGGCCUCCAGCUCCGGCCGGCUACUGACCUACUUCUUGCCUGGAAUCCCAUUUGUUUGGGGUUGGUAGAAGGUGUUAUUGGGAAAAUUCAGCUUCAUUCAGAUCUUCCAUGGUGGCUUAUUCUAAUUCGGCAGAAAGCAGUGGUGGGCAAGCUUCCAGGAGACCAUGAGGUCUGUAAGAUUACCAAAAUUGCUGUGCUGUCCCUUUCUGAAAUGGAGCCUCAGGAUCUUGAGUUAGAGCUCUGUAAGAAGCAUCAUUUUGGAAUUAAUAAACCAGAGAAGAUUGUACCAUCUCCCGAUGACUCGAAGUUUCUACUGAAGACCUUUACGCAUAUUAAAUCCAAUGUGUCCGCGCCUAAUAAAAAGAAAGUUAGGGAAAGUAAAGAAAAGGAGAAGCUGGAGAGGAAAUUACUCGAGGAGUUGCUGAAGAUGUUUGUAGACUCGGAGUCCUUUUACUACAGUUUGACCUAUGACCUGACCAAUUCGGUGCAGAGGCAGAGCGCUGGGGAGAGGGAUGGUUGCCCCCUCUGGCAGAAGGUGGAUGACAGAUUUUUUUGGAAUAAAUACAUGAUACAAGAUCUUACUGAGAUUGGUGUACCGGAUGUGAACUUUUGGAUCAUCCCCAUCAUCCAAGGUUUUGUGCAGAUUGAAGAACUUGCGGUUAGUUAUAACGAAGCAUCUGACGAUGAGAAAAGCAGCCCAGAGACCCCCCCUCAGGAGUCCACCUGUGUAGAUGACGUUUACCCGCGAUUUCUAGUGGCUCUCAUUUCACGCCGAAGUAGGCACAGAGCAGGAAUGCGCUAUAAACGAAGAGGUGUUGAUCAAAAUGGAAACGUUGCCAAUUACGUGGAGACUGAGCAGUUAAUUCACGUUCAUAACCACACCCUCUCAUUUAUUCAGACACGAGGCUCUGUGCCCGUGUUCUGGAGCCAGGUUGGGUAUCGAUAUAAUCCAAGACCUCGACUGGACAAAAGUGAAAAGGAAACUGUUGCCUAUUUCUGUGCCCAUUUCGAGGAACAACUGAAAAUUUACAAAAAACAGGUUAUAAUUAACUUGGUAGACCAGGCAGGAAGAGAGAAAAUUAUCGGAGAUGCUUACCUGAAGCAGGUGUUACUCUUUAACAACUCACACCUCACUUACGUUUCAUUUGACUUCCAUGAGCACUGCCGAGGAAUGAAGUUUGAGAAUGUUCACACACUAACAGAUGCCAUUUAUGACAUUAUUCUUGACAUGAAGUGGUGUUGGGUGGAUCAAGCUGGGGUGAUCUGUAAACAAGAAGGGAUUUUCCGUGUGAAUUGCAUGGACUGCCUGGAUCGCACCAACGUGGUCCAAGCUGCCAUCGCACGGGUGGUCCUGGAGCAGCAGCUGAAAAAGCUCGGUGUGCUGCCCCCGGAACAGCCGCUGCCAGUGAAAUGCAGUCGGAUUUACCAGCUAAUGUGGGCCAACAACGGUGACUCCAUUAGCAGACAGUACGCUGGGACAGCUGCUCUCAAGGGUGACUUUACAAGGACAGGAGAGAGGAAGUUGGCCGGAGUAAUGAAAGAUGGAGUUAACUCGGCAAAUAGGUAUUACCUGAAUCGAUUUAAGGAUGCUUACAGGCAAGCCGUCAUAGAUUUGAUGCAAGGCAUUCCUGUCACAGAAGAUCUUUACUCCAUAUUUACCAAGGAGAAAGAGCAUGAAGCUUUGCAUAAGGAAAGUCAGAGAAGCCACCAGGAACUAAUUAGCCAGCUCUUACAGAGUUACAUGAAGUUACUGCUGCCUGAUGAUGAAAAGUUCCACGGGGGCUGGGCCCUCAUUGACUGUGAUCCGAGCCUCAUUGAUGCUACUCACAGAGACGUGGAUGUGCUGUUACUGCUUUCUAACUCUGCCUACUACGUGGCUUAUUAUGAUGAUGAAGUUGAUAAAGUAAGCCAGUAUCAACGACUAAGUCUCAGAGACCUGGAAAAAAUAGAAAUAGGUCCAGAACCCACUCUUUUUGGUAAGCCAAAGUUCUCCUGCAUGCGGUUGCACUACAAAUACAAAGAAACGAGUGGCUAUUUCCACACACUGAGAGCUGUGAUGCGCAAUCCAGAAGAGGAUGGAAAAGAUACCCUUCAGUGCAUUGCAGAGAUGCUGCAGAUCACCAAGCAAGCCAUGGGAUUGGAGGUACCUGUAAUCGAAAAAAAACUUGAAAGGAAGAGCAGUAAACCUCAUGAAGACAUCAUUGGUAUCAGAUCUCAAAACCAAGGCUCUUUGGCCCAAGGAAGGAAUUUUUUAAUGAGCAAAUUUUCAUCUCUAAAUCAGAAAGUAAAACAGACAAAAUCCAACGUAAAUAUCGGCAGUCUACGAAAGCUAGGAAACUUCAGAAAACCUGAAAUGAAAGUUAACUUUCUAAAACCAAACUUAAAAGUAAAUCCUUGGAAAUCAGACAGUAGCCUUGAAACCAUGGAAAAUACAGGCAUGAUGGAUAGUAAAGACCAGGCAGAGUCCGAUGGGGAGAUGUCUUCUGAUAAUGACUCAUAUCACUCCGAUGAAUUCCUAACAAAUUCCAAGUCUGAUGAAGACAGGCAGCUGGCUGAUUCCUUAGAGAACGUGGGGCCAGCGGACUAUGUUCUCCCCAGUUGUGGUAUUAUUGCUUCAGCACCUCGGUUAGGCAGUCGAUCCCAGUCUGUAAGCAGCACUGAUAUUAGUAUUCAUGUUCCUUCAGAGAUUACUGGCACUCAUGGAAGUGGACUUGUGAAAGGCCAUGAGUCUCCUUUGAAGAAAAGUCCUUCUGCUGACCGUAUAAACGCAUUGACUGGCUUUGCCAAGCCUGUGGAUAUUUAUUGCUACAGAUUUGUACAAGAUGCACAAAAUAAAAUGACCCAGCCAUCGGACACCAAGUCUGUUUGUCAGCAGGCUACUGAGGAAGGAAAUCAAGUGACCAGUCAAGUUUCUAAUGAAGAAACCCAACUAGAAGCAAUGGGGCAGACACCUUCUCGACCAUCUCAGUUAGACGUGUCGUUUUCUGCAAAAGGCCCGCAGUUUUUGUCAGUUGAAUCAGUGCAUUCAGUCGUAUCUCAGAAGACCCCAGGCUCUGGACCCGCAGUGCUUGAACUUGAGACAGGGCUUCAUGUAACUCCUUCUCCUUCAGAAGGCAGUAGCAGCAGAGCAGUGUCCCCCUUUGCAAAGAUCAGGAGUUCCAUGGUCCAGGUUGCUAGUAUUACCCAAGCUGGAUUAACGCAUGGGAUAAACUUGGCAGUGGCGAAAGUUCAGAAGAGUCCUGCAGAACCUGAAGUGGUUAAUGAAGUCCAGCAAAAUGAACUUAAAAACAUGUUUACACAAUGCCAGACACGAAUAAUUCAGAUUUAGUUUUCAGCCAUAAAGAAUCCUGUGGCUUUCAUUUAAUCCAAAAGAACGUGGUUUCAUGUAUUAGCCUGUUGCUAUUUGUACUGUCUUUGAAAUCUAGGGAUCACAAAUUCUGUUUACUGGGAAAAGUUUCAAAAGGAGUCUGAACCUGAGCAGAUUUCCACAUUGGACAGCUGAGAUGACAAGUGCAUUGUCCGAGAGUAUGUAAAUCUGAGUAGCUUACACACUACAAAGCAGUCUGUCCCUUUGAAAGGAAUUCAGAAACAGGUCACUUUGGGAUGUGACUUGAACCUUUUUGGACCGGGGGGUGGGGUGGGGGGGUGGGACGUAUGACGUAGACACAAAGGAUGGGCAUGGACACAUUUAGGGGAUUAGUGUUUUUCAUAACUUUUGUUCUGUUGUCGGUUUAUUUAGUACCUCUGCAAGGUAGGUAAUACAUUUUGUUUUUAGUGACUAAAAUGUUACUAGUAUAGAAAACAUCUGAAUCCAAAAAAACUACUGGUUCUGAUGGCUUAACCAUUUCCUGUGAAGAGUUGAGGGUUACUGACAGUACUGUCGAGAAACAUGUGCUUGUGUGAACAAACGUAUUCUGCAACCUGCACACCCCACAGUACAAAAGCAGUAAGACUUGUCAGACGUAAACCAGAGUUUAUACCAGCAUCGUAUUAAAUUUAGUCCUGCUGUUUUCUGGAAGACUAUAUUGGCUCCUGGUAAUUAUAGAAAGAAAUCGUCAAAUUUUAAUUUUCCAGGGACAUUCCUCAAUAUCCUGGGUAGACUAUUACAACUAUAGAGUAUUUAGUCUGAAGCACAGCUGUGCUCAAACUGGUUUUAUGACCAGAAUCCUGACCACGUAGAACCCGUGCCUCUCCUGUGAGCCCCUACAGUAAGGCGGCAGCACAUCGUAUUCCAAAUAAGGGUUGGUGUGUCUGGUAUCUUCAGAGCUUACUCUGUUUGAAGUGAUUCUCAGCUAAACAUUACGUCUGUUGUAACUCUGAUAAGCAUUUCCACUUUGUAAUUUAUUAGUGGUACCUUUUUUUUUGAAGUGUCAAGUCUUGUGACUUUAAAAUAAAGUACCAUUGUAAUUUAAA